AUGAAGAUGUUGGUAAAAAUAGUUCUGUUAGUGGCUUUAUGCGCUUUUGUGAAUUCGACGGAACCGGAAUGUUCAAGAUUUCACUAUGAAGAGAAAACGCUUGAAAAGAUGAUUAAAACUGAAAUAUAUGUGGACAAAAUAAAAUCGGAGACUGAACACAUGCAGCAAAAAAUGUCCGAGAAAAUGGAUGGAAUCCAAGAAGACUGGAAGAAAACGCAGCUUGAAUUAAAAGAGGCCAACGAAGACAAUGAGAAAGCAGUCGAGGAAAUAAAAAAUAAAGUAGAAAGUCUUUCAACCGUGCAAGCAGUAGCUUUUCUGGCACACAAUAUAAAGAACAAAGGGCCAAGCGAUGGUGAGACAAUAGUAUUUAGCACGACACACUUUGAUGUCGGUUCCGGUUACAACAAUAAAAAUGGAACCUACACAACACCUGUCGCCGGAAUCUACAUGUUUACCUUGCAGCUGUGUAUUACUGGUAGAAGAUACAUUUACUUUGAAAUCGACACGGAAAACGGUCCUAUUUUAAAAGGUUGCUUCAACGACGAUUCGGGUAGUUAUGAUGGUUGCCAGACAGCCACAACUAUUGCAGAACUGGGUGCAAAGGAACGUGUGUGGAUAAAGAGCGGAUCUUCUUCCAGUGGAACUGAUUUCUGGACGCAAUCAACAGUCUGGAAUAGUUUUUCUGGUGUUCUAAUUAGCACAGUUACGAAAUAG